AUGAACCACAGCAGUUGGUGGCUGCAUGUUCACGAAUUUUUUGUGACCUUGCAGAACGUCGCACUUUUCGUCGGUGCCAUGGCAGCAGCAGUCAAUGCUGGAGGCUUGUUUGGGGGUUACGGAGGUGGCUACGGUGGUGGCUACGGAGGUGGCUACGGAGGUGGCUACGGUGGUAGCUACGGAGGUGGCUACGGUGGUGGCUACGGAGGCUACGGAGGUGGCUAUGGAGGCGGCGUAGGCCUGGGAAGCAGUGUUGUCCUUCUCAGCGGUGGAGGCGCUGGCUAUGGCAAGGUCGUAGCUGGACCAGCCUUCCUGGUGAAGAGUGUCCACUACGUCAACAAGCUUCAUGGUGGUGGGGGCAUCUUGGCACACACUGGCUUGGGAGGUGGAUUUGGAGGUGGCUAUGGAGGUGGAUAUGGUGGGGGAUACGGCGGGGGAUACGGCGGAUACGGCGGUGGUUACGGUGGGGGCUAUGGCGGUGGCUACGGAGGCGGCUUCGGAGGCGGCUACGGCGGUGGCUACGGCGGUGGUGUUGGCUUGGGAAGUAGCGUUGUCCUCCUUAACGGAGGAGGCGCUGGAUAUGGAAAGGCUGUAGCCGGGCCAGCAUUCCUAGUAAAGACCGUUCACCACGUAAGCAAGGUUCACGGUGGAGGAGCCUUGCUGGCCCACACUGGUUUGGGUGGCGGCUACGGCGGCGGUUUCGGCGGCGGAUUCGGAGGCGGCUAUGGUGGAUUCGGAGGUGGUUACGGCGGUGGAUACGGUGGUGGAUACGGCGGAGGCUAUGGAUUGAAGGGCUAA